GGAAGAGUCUCCCACCAGCCAGAUCAUCACCCAAGACUGAAACCUGAAUUUUUCUCCAUCUCUUCAUUUCCAGCAGGAAUCAUCAAAAGAGCAUCGCCAUGAAGGGCGAGACCCCUGUCAACAGCACCAUGAGCAUCGGGCAGGCCCGAAAGAUGGUGGAGCAGUUGAAGAUCGAGGCCAGUAUGUGCAGGAUAAAGGUAUCCAAGGCAGCGGCCGACCUGAUGACUUACUGCGAUGCUCAUGCCUGUGAGGACCCCCUCAUCACUCCCGUGCCCACCUCGGAAAACCCCUUCCGGGAGAAGAAAUUCUUCUGUGCCCUGCUCUGAGCUACACCUGCCCCUAUCGGCACCUGGUGCCCAGUGGGCAUCUGGGCCGCUCCCCUUUCCCCCUCUCCCUGGACAUCCUCAGCACCAAAUCAGGGUGGGAUUAGGGUUGUGGAAACACGUGGCAUCUUGGAAACCGUGAAUGCCUCUUGGCAGGGGGUGGAGGGCUGGCACUCGUCUCCUCUUGCAGCCGCCCCGUCGGUGGCAAAUGUUUCGCCACGCACUCUGAUCGAGCACAAUGAUCCUGUAAUGAUUCUGUAAGUGACAGCACCCUGCCCUCCUAAGAAAGGA